AUGAAAAUGAAUGUUGAAUUGAACGAAAAUUAAAUACCAGAAUCUGAAUCGAUGACUCUUAAUUCUGAACCCUUGAUUGGUGUGAUUUGCUAACAAAUGCAUUAGAUUUGCACGACUUCUAUCAAAAUAAAAAGCCGAAUUAUUUAAGUUAUAAGUAUAUCUUAUUUAGGAAGAAAAGAAAACGAAAAAGAAAUGCUGCUAUGAAUCCAAGAGAAGAAAAUCCAAUUGAAAAUCCAAUUGAAAAUUCAAUAGAAAUGAAAUAAUGUUUAUCCUAAUUACUGUUAAUUGAGUAACUUUUUAACGACCUUUAACAUGUUAAAGAACUAGUAUCUCUUUUGGAUGACUAAUUAAUCAUUUAUGGCUUCUGA